UUUCGCUUGCCAUACUUAGAGCUCAGUCGCCGGCUGGUGUCGUCGGCAUGAGAGGAGGAAGUUUAGAGCUGAAGUUUAUGAAAACGGCUAAACAACGAUGUUAUUAAAGCUGUUUAAUAAACCGGGUGAAUUGUUUUUACUCGGUUUACUGUAUCUUAGGAUAAAAAUAUGAUGUUUGAGAACUUCCUGGUCGGGUAGCCCGAGGCUAUCGUAAGUGAGCCAAAAGGAUUAUUUCAAUAUCAGAAACUAAUGCCAAAACCAUAAUGACACAGAAAGUGAAUCUGUGUUCAGUUGCUCUCAAAGUGGAGGGCAUGACUUGUGGAUCAUGUGUUCAGUCCAUAGAACAGCGGAUUGGGUCUCUUCCUGGAGUCAUACAUAUAAGGGUGUCUCUGGAGCAGAAGACUGCCACCCUGAUAUUUGACCAGGGUCAACAGAGCCCCGAGUCCCUGUCAGAGGCUAUUGAAGACAUGGGCUUUGAAUCAAGCUUACCAGAUGGCAGCACGACCACAGCAGUAUCUACAGAAACCCAGCUGAUCCCCACAUCGGCUCUGGGACCUGCAGCCCUUCAGGAAGCUCGGGAGAAGCUUUCACAGAUCAAAGGAAUUCUGGAUGUUUGUGAGAACCCCUCCCAGAAGGGCCUCAGUAUCACUUUUGCCCCUUCCCUGAUUUCCCCACAGGAGCUAAGUAAAGUAGUGGAAAGUGUAACGCUUACAGACGACCAAACUCUUAGUCCAUCUAAGCAGAAAGACGAUGGAGUAGCACUUUUGAAGCUGCGCAUUGAAGGAAUGACUUGUCAUUCUUGCGUCACCACCAUUGAAGGGAAGAUUGGAAAACUGAACGGAAUUCAAAAGAUCAAAGUUGUUUUGGAGUCUAAAGAAGCCACAAUCAUCUACACGCCAUACCUCAUUACCCACCAGUCCAUCAUUGAGCAAAUAGCUUUUGCUGGAUUUAAGGCGUCAGUGAAGUCCAAGCCUAAAUCGCUGCAGUUGUCCAUCAGAGACAUUGAGCGGUUUGCUGAUUCUCAAAAACCAACACUGACUUCACCUUCAGACCCAUCAGAGGAGACAGAAGUCUUCAUAGACACAACCCUUGUAGUACUCGGGGUAAAAGGCUUGCACUGCCGUUCCUGUGUAGUGAACAUUCAAGACAACGUCUCAUUGCUACCUGGUGUUUCAUCCGUGGAGGUCUCUCUUGAGAAGGAACAGGCUACAAUUUGCUAUGAUCCUCACAAGGUGUCAGUUACUGAGCUGCAGCGAGCGAUUGAGGCGCUGCCUCCAGGAAACUUUAAGGUUGAAGCUUCAGGAUCUUCUAACCCGCUGACUUCUACACCUGCACUGUCUGCAUGUGUAACUCAGGCCAAACCUGCAUCUUUGCAGCCUUGUUUUACCCAGCCUCUGGUAUCUACUGUCAGUAUUCACAUUGAAGGGAUGACCUGCAACUCCUGUGUGCAGUCCAUUGAAGGUAUGAUCUCCCAAAGAAAAGGCGUGGUAUCAGCACAGGUCUCACUGGCAGAUCACCAAGGGAUUUUUGAGUAUGACCCCCUCCUGACCUCCCCAGAGGAGCUGAGGGAAGCAGUAGAGGACAUGGGCUUUGAUGCAUUUCUACUUGAGACCAAUUCUCUGCUUGAGCCCAAUAUUGCGAGAUCUGCAAGUACAGCACUUGAUCAAGAGAAGGAGUUAGAUGAAGACCAUCCCAAAGAGGCUCAUCAAGGAUCCACUGAGGAAACACACUCUAAAUGUUACAUCCAGAUUGGAGGGAUGACCUGUGCCUCUUGUGUGUCAAACAUCGAGCGAAACCUUAAGAACGAACCAGGGAUCUACUUUGUUCUAGUAGCGUUAAUGGCCAGUAAAGCAGAGGUGCGUUAUAACCCUAAAGUCAUCGACCCUCCGAGAAUAGUUGAGUGUGUGAAAGAGUUGGGCUUUACAGCUUCUGUCAUGGAGAACUAUGAAGGAUCCAAUGGAAACCUGGAGCUUGUGAUCAGGGGGAUGACUUGUGCCUCUUGCGUUCACAAAAUUGAAUCUAAUCUCAUGAAGGAAAAGGGGAUUGAAUAUGUAUCUGUUGCCCUGGCAACCAACAAAGCACACGUUAAGUUUGACUCUGAGAUUUUAGGACCACGAGACAUCAUCAAGCUGAUUGAGAACCUGGGAUUUAAAGCUUCUUUUGUGAAGAAAGAUCGGUCUGCUAGUCACCUUGACCACAGCAAAGAGAUCCGGCAAUGGAGGAAAUCUUUCCUUGUAAGCCUGGUUUUCUGUGUUCCUGUGAUGGGAAUGAUGAUCUACAUGAUGGUUAUGGACCACCACAUGAACGUUUCACACCACCACAACGCUACAGUCGAGGACCGGAACCAUAGCCACUCCACCAUGUUCCUGGAGAGACAACUUUUCCCCGGCCUUUCAAUCAUGAAUUUUCUCUCCUUCAUUUUUUGUGUGCCUAUACAGUUUAUUGGAGGUCGCUACUUCUACAUUCAAGCCUAUAAAGCACUUAAGCACAAGUCUGCAAACAUGGAUGUGCUCAUUGUUUUAGCUACUUCAAUAGCUUUUAGCUACUCUUUCGUCAUCCUACUAGUGGCCAUGGCAGAAAAAGCAAAAGUCAAUCCCAUCACUUUUUUCAACACACCUCCAAUGCUUUUUGUGUUUAUCUCGUUGGGUCGCUGGCUGGAACAGAUAGCUAAGAGUAAAACUUCUGAAGCUUUGUCCAAGUUAAUGUCUUUACAAGCAACAGAAGCGACAGUGGUCACUCUUGGCAGCAACAAUCUUAUCCUCAGUGAGGAGCAGGUGGACGUUGAGCUGGUGCAGCGCGGUGAUGUGGUGAAAGUUGUUCCUGGAGGGAAGUUUCCUGUUGAUGGGAGGGUUUUAGAGGGAUAUUCAAUGGCUGAUGAAUCGCUUAUCACAGGUGAGGCCAUGCCAGUCACAAAAAAGCCGGAAAGCACAGUCAUUGCAGGUUCCAUUAAUCAGAACGGCUCUCUGCUGGUCAGUGCUACUCAUGUUGGCAUGGACACCACACUGUCUCUGAUUGUUAAACUUGUUGAGGAGGCUCAGACUUCAAAGGCCCCCAUCCAGCAGUAUGCAGAUAAGAUCAGUGGCUACUUUGUGCCAUUUAUUGUUGCUGUUUCCGUGCUUACACUGAUCGUCUGGAUUAUCAUUGGAUUUUUGGACUUUUCUCUUGUCACAAAAUACUUUCCAGGUUAUGACGAGAGCAUUUCUACAGCCGAGGCAGUGAUUCGCUUUGCACUUCAGACUUCUAUAACUGUAUUAUGCAUCGCCUGUCCCUGUUGUCUGGGCUUAGCAACGCCAACAGCUGUGAUGGUGGGCACGGGGGUAGGAGCCCAAAACGGCAUUCUGAUAAAGGGAGGAGAGCCUCUUGAAAUGGCGCAUAAGGUCCAGGCUGUAGUGUUUGACAAAACCGGCACCAUCACAUAUGGAGCUCCAAAGGUUGUCCAAGUCAAAACAGUGAUGGAGGGGAACAAGAUGCCUCUCUCUCGUCUGCUGGCCAUUGUGGGCACAGCCGAAAACAACAGUGAACAUCCUCUAGGAGCAGCUAUCACCAAGUACUGCAAACAGGAGCUUGGCACAGAGUCUCUUGGCACGUGCACGGACUUUCAAGCGGUCCCGGGUUGUGGCGUUCGAUGUCAGGUCAGCAAUACGGAGACGGUUCUGAAGCAGGGCGACAGUGACAGUGAGGACAAUAACCAUCGCAACAGCGUGCUUGUUCAGAUCAGUGACACACGGACGUCCAGCAGCUCCCAUCCACUCAUCAUGGAUCCACAGCCACUGAGUUCAGUUCCAACAGACAUCUAUGUCGUCCUGAUUGGCAAUAGGGAGUGGAUGAGGAGAAACUUCUUGGAAAUCACAGCAGAGAUUGAUGAAGCCAUGACGGAGCAUGAGCGUAGAGGACGCACUGCUGUUCUAGUAGCUGUGAACAAUAUGCUGUGUGCAAUGAUAGCCAUAGCUGACACAGUGAAACCUGAGGCUGAGCUGGCAGUCCAGACGCUGACCAACAUGGGUCUGGAGGUGGUGCUGAUGACUGGAGACAACAGUAAGACAGCUCGGGUCAUUGCAGCACAGAUAAGUUCCUCAUUUAAAGACAGGAGAAAAAUGUUCUAUUCAUGUUAUGUGAAACAUAGUACAUUGAGGACAUCCAGUCUUCUCAUGAUCGUCUUCCAGGUAGGAAUCAAAAAGGUGUUUGCUGAGGUGCUGCCUUCCCACAAGGUGGCCAAAGUGGAACAGCUGCAGCAGGCUGGAAAGAGAGUGGCCAUGGUGGGAGAUGGCGUUAACGACUCGCCUGCUCUGGCCAUGGCUGACGUGGGCAUCGCCAUAGGAACCGGAACAGAUGUGGCCAUAGAAGCAGCAGAUGUGGUCUUGAUCAGGAACGACCUGCUGGAUGUGGUUGGCAGCAUUGAUCUUUCUAAAAAGACGGUAAAGAGAAUUCGGAUCAACUUUGUUUUUGCUCUCAUCUACAACCUGGUUGGAAUUCCUAUUGCUGCCGGAGUAUUCCUGCCCAUUGGUCUGGUCUUGGAACCGUGGAUGGGCUCUGCUGCAAUGGCGCUUUCCUCUGUGUCUGUAGUCGUGUCUUCUCUUCUUUUGAAAUGUUACACUAAACCCACAGCUGAGAAGCUGGAGGCCAGACUUGGUCAUAACAAGCGACAAAGCAGCCUGUCUGACGUCAGCGUUCACAUCGGCAUGGGAGUCGCGCGGCGUCCCUCCCCAAAACUGAGCCUGCUGGAUCGCAUCGUCAACUACAGCCGCGCCUUCAUCAACUCCUUACGCUCAGACAAACAAUCGCUCAACAAAUACUCACUGCUGGUGGAGGAGUCUGUGUGUGAGGAGGAGUUCUGCUGAGCGCACACUGCCAUGGAGGACUUCAGUGCUGAAACAGAGACUGAGCCGUGCAGAAAUGAAAGGGUCUCAACAGAUUUAAGAUCAUCCAUCCCGUCCACAUUUAGUCGAGGUAUCUUUGCAACAGAGGAACUAAAGACUUUUAAUAUAUUUUUAUACAUUUUCCUUAAGUAAAAUAAUAUACAGAUGUUGACUAUUACUCAGAAAUAUUUAAGUAUUAUUCCAAUUUUAUUUUCAUCUUUUGCAAUGACUUUUACUUUAUUGCUUAUUAAUUAAAUAAUUAGCAUAUUAAGGACUAUAAUCCAAAAGAUGCCAACAAUCAGAAAAAGCUUUUAAAAAUUCAGCAAAUAUUUUAUUUAAAAAAAAGCUUUAAUCUCAUGAGGGGCUGAACAUGUUGGUGAUUUGCAAACAGAAAAUGUAUAUUACAUUUGUUGAAUCUCACUGGCACAUAUGUUAGCAGUAAUUUUUAAUGCCAAAACUUCAAAUUUCUUUGAUAGGACAUCGGUUUAUCCUGCUGCUUUUAAGAUGAAGAUGAAGUUUCAACAUUAUUUUUGGUGCUAUUCUUUGUAAAAAAAAUCUUUUGUUGAAUUUAAAUAUAUUUUCUGCCUGCCAUGUCUGCUCUACCGCACAGCUCUGUGGACAUUUUGUGCCUUAGAAUAAAACGUUUUUUUUUUUAGGAAAGCUUGUCAUUCCUGCUUUAGAUCAGACGAUGGUGCUGUGGUGCCAAAUAUAAACAGGUUCCCAGAUUCUUGUCAUUACAUUGGAGAAUAGUACUGCAAAACCCUCAAAUAUAACCUACAGCUAAAUUAUAGGAGUUAAUAAAAAACAUUGACAGGGAUUGUGGUUUACCAUGUUUUACAGAGUAUAAGUCGCACCCCUGGCUAAAUUAUGAUAAAAACUGCUACUUAUGCUCCGGAAAAUACGGUAACUUAUUUGAUAAAUAAAUGUAUAAAUAGAUAUUAUUUUAUUUUUCCAAAAGUGAAAAUGUUAAAAUCUAAUUUAGUAAAUCAAAGGAUUUACUGAAUUAUUUUUGAGUGAGAAUAAAAAGUUUGGCCCUUUCUAUCUCCCUUAUAAAAAAGCCCCAGAAUGUUCACUGACAUAACCUAAAAAUGGCAAAAGUAACAU